UGGGGCCGCGUCGGCGAGGGAGAAAACCUCAAUGUCUUCAGCGACGAGUUUGACAGGACUGGAAUAAUUAAGAAGGACACUUUUGAAAACGUCAUGAGCGAGGCGGAGGAUAUUGGUGUGAAGGCCAUUGCCAAGCUCAAAGCUGACGGCAGGCAGCCGGCCGAUGACCGGGUCAACAAGAUGAUCGCUGCGCUGAAGACGCACGGCGAUGCUCGGCGCUACGAUCAGGCGCAGAAGAUCAUCAAGGCGUUUGAAGGGGACAUGGAGAAGAAGGGGUUCACCGUCGCGUACACUGAUCCCAUAGAGAGGCCGCCGGUGCCGGGGUACCGGAAGAUUGACGCGGACCAGACCAUCAGCAAUAACCAGGGCAGAGCGGGUUUUAACGACAAGGUGGAGAAGGAGGUGAGGGAAUAUGUCUCCAAGUACAAUAGCGCGGGACUAUCGAAGAGCCAUGUUGAGGCUAUUACGAAGACGCAGGAGAUCCAUAAGCAUCUUGCCGAGGCCUGUAAAGCAUGA